UUGGCGUUAGUUGGCUUCAUUGCGCGCCGUGUCAGGUUGCACAUUUCCCUGAUCUUACAUGGAGCACCUGCAUUAAUUGCGUCGUGCUGCAGACUCUGGAUCAGCUCCGCGCGUUUUCUUUUUACGCUGUUCUCCCAUUUCUUCAACAUGCCUAAACCAGUUAGGAUUAUCGGGCCGUUUUUUUUGUUUGUUUGUUUUUUUGGGGAUAGACACGUAACACUGCGUGCUCUAAACAAUGCCCCACAGUCAAGAAAACAGUAGUUUUCUUUUGAUUUCUCAUGUGGAACCAAAAGAAAGUUAACUUUGCCUGAAGCAGGAAUGGAGAAGUUCCUCCAGGUCGCUCCGCACUCUCUGGCUCUGGUGCUGUCGCAGGUUUGCGCAGAAGAUAAAGAGGACCCCCCAUCAUCAUCAUCAUCAUCAUCAUCACCGGCCGUGCUCUCCCUGAAGUUACAGCAUCACACCGGCUACGAGGUAUUCGCCAAUUUCAAAGCCGUAAACAUGCAGCAUUUCUGGAACAAGGCGCUGACACACGCUCUGUCCGAGAUCUUCUUCCUCGGCUGGAUUGAUGAGAGUGUGCUGCUCAUCCAGGGGAAAGAGGUCCAUCUUCAGGUACUCAGGAACGGAUGGACCAGACGAACCCUGAAACCACCACAGGGCUUUGACAUCAAGUGCAUAGGUGACGUGUCUCCGAUCAGUAUGUCACCUAUCAGCCAGUCACAGUUCAUCCCGCUGGGAGAGAUCUUGUGCCUGGCCAUCUCUGCUAUGAACUCUGCCCACAAUCCUGUCAACCAGGAGGCUCUGGUGGAGCACCUCACUGCCAGCUUCCCAGGCGUGCCUACACCCAGCUCAGAGGUUCUGCGACAUACCCUGAACAUGCUGGUGCGAGAGAGGAAGAUCUACCCAACUCCAGAGGGCUACUUCAUUGUCACCCCCCAGACCUACUUUAUCACUCCGUCCCUCAUCAGAACCAACAACAAGUGGUAUCAUCUGGAUGAUCGGCUGCAAGAGCGCCAACCACAACAGUCACAACAGCAGCAGCAGCAGCUGCAACAACAGCAGCAGCAGCAGCAGCAGCAACCUCAGCAAUGCACUUCGCCUAAGUCUGGCAACGUCACACCAUCCACACCUGGCUGCCUGAGAGAGAGGCCUCCUCGCAAGAAUCACAGUGACUCAUACAACUCCUAUCGCGAAGACCCGUCCAGACUUCACACCUCUGCGCUCCAAAGUAAGUCACCAAAGGAGCACAGGGGAGAUUCUUAUCAAAGUAAACCACCCAAGGAUCACAACAGUGGGGAACCUCCACCAAGCACGUCAGCCAAGGAGCACCGAGGAGAACCGCCAUCAUAUCCUUAUCCCCCUCUUCCCACUUCUCCCCCUGUCCAGCAACCGCCACCUCAAGAUCCCGCUGAAAAGAGCAAAAGCAUCACUUCUUUCCCUUAUAAAACUGACACUCUGACCAAAAAGAAAGAAGGAAGUGGUGGCAGCGGAAGUGGCGAGAAGCAAUCCAAAAGGUUCGGUCUCAGGCUCUUCAGACUGAGUUUCAAGAAGGACAAAAUGAGGCAGCUGGCCACCUUCUCAGCCCAGUUCCCCCCAGAGGAGUGGCCUCUUCGUGACGAGGAAGUGCCAACCACGCCCAUUCCCCGUGAGGUGGAGAUGGAGAUAAUCCGCCGAAUCAACCCCGAUCUAACAGUGGAGAAUGUGGCAAGGCACACGGCUGUGAUGAAGAGGCUGGAGGAAGAGCGUACACAGAAGAACAAGGCAGGAUCUUCAGCCCAGCACAGUGCACGCAGCAGGAGGGGGAGGGGACACAGGAGGGCCCCACAUGGUAAGUCGCGCUCACACAGCAAGCCCCGAACCUCCAGGGGAGACCCGUCUGAGGGUUCAAACUGGGACCUUUUGUUUAUGGAAAGGGAUUACCGCUUCUUCAGCCACUCGUUAGUACGCUCACCUCGGGAGGCCAUGUACACCUUGGAACGUAGGCGAAGUGGAGGCGCAACAUACCUGGUCCAUAGCAACCCCAACAUUACUGAAUCGUAUUGCCCAGUUACCCCUGAGUGGGACGUGUCUGGGGAGCUAGCCAAGAGACGGACAGAGAUGCCCUUCCCUGAGCCAUCACGUGGGACGUGCCAGUCCAGAGUACAAAGAAGUCACAGUCACAAUCAGGACAGGAAGUCGCGUCACGAGAGGUCAGAUCAGGCUAAGGAACGCUCUCGGUCCAUGGACAACUCCCUCAAGGGCCCGUCACAGGGCCCGCCAGGAGACUUUGACCCCAAUCUGGAGGAGCGUAGUCAUUACUACACCGAUGACGGCACCCUGCGCGCCACGCAGAAGUCCUCCCACUACUCAAGGAUCAUGUUCUCUGCUGCUAAGUUCCACUCUGAUUUUAAUGUGCCUGAUUUGGGGAAAGGGAGUUUGGAUGAGUCAAGGAUCCGGAGUACGAUGGAGAGGAACAAAAGCAGAGACAGCUUGCCAACGUACAAUGAGCUAAUGGGACUUUCUCCUAAGCCCUCAACAGAUGAGUACUUCCAGUGCAAUACGUCAAAUGAAACAAUCCUAACUGCCCCUUCGCCUCAGGCAAAAUCAGAAUAUGACACAUUAACCUCAUCAGGGGGACUCCGAAAGGGCUCUCCGGCUGACCGCCAAACGCCUCACCUCACCUCUCCUCACACGAUGGAGUACAAAGAGGACUUGUCGGCAGCAAAGGGACAGAACGGCUCAGUGCGACUGACGCCAAGCCAGACGCCAGAGCCGGUGCAAAAUGCCCGUUUGACGCCACACCAACACAAUGUAGAUCCCGGAGGGGGAGGAGGCGGUAUGGUGAUCAAGAGGAAAGAGAUCUUCAGCAAGGACACUUUGUUCAAACCUCCACACAAUGCCUUGUCCACAGGCUAUGUGGACAGCAGCUACACCAAGUCCGGCACAUUGCGGAAAGCCUCACAUGCCAAAUCAACAGAGGCCCUAGACAAUCCUGAGCCCCAGCAGCCUUCCAAUUCAGCCACUUCCUCAGCGUCACCUGCAGUUUUACAGGGCUGCUUAGAGCCAACAGUCCCCUCCGCCUCUUUUGACUAUUAUAAUGUAUCAGAUGAUGAGGAAGAGGAAGAGGCAGAGGAGGACUCGCACAAAGAGUUGGCAAAGGCAGAGGACAACAAAGACCAUGGGGAAGGGGGUGGCAACGGUGGAGGCAGUGGUGGUGGUGGGGAGGGAACCAUGCAGUGGCUACUGGAGCGGGAGAAGGACCAUGAUCUUCAGCGAAAACUGGAGACCAAUCUGACCUUACUCAGCCCCAAGGAGACAGAGAACAGCAGCAGCCAGAAGUCGGCCCACUCUGCCCGUUUGGACAGCAUGGACAGCAGCAGUGUCACGGUGGACAGUGGAUUUAACUCCCCCAGGACGCGUGAAAGCCUUGCAUCCAACACAUCCAGCAUUGUGGAAAGCAAUAGACGGCAGAAUCCAGCGCUGAGCCCUGGCCACAUCGGCACCAGUAGUAUCGGACUGCCAUUCAGCUUUCGCGCCAUCCCAGAGCCCCCCACCACACAGCCUGAGAAACUCCAGAAGUCAUCGAACUGCCUGGCCUCCAUCACCAGCGUCUGACAGGCAGCACAGACUGAGACUGUGAAGGUGGUGGAGGAUAGAGGAAAGCGAGGUGUUUCACCAGUUUGACCCUCGCCGUCCUCGACCAACACACACGCAUACACAUAAACACAACACAUCUUCAGACUCCUGAGAAUCCAUUUACUGGGACUGUUACAAAAACAGGCAUGGCUUCAAGAGACUGUUCCCACAGCUUCAAGAACUUUACUGCAAAAAAGAGAAGAAAACUACAGAAUAUCAAGACCACUGUAGGUGAAGAAACCUACCUGAAGUACUUUGAUUUUGGUGACAUGGACUCUAGUUUGGCUUAUAUCAAGAUUGACUUGACUAUUGGUAUUGGAAAGUAGUAGACUAUAGGAUUCAAGUUACAUUUGGAAAUAUCGAAAACUUUUUUAUAUUACUUAACAAUACAUGUCCAAUUAAAUGUUCUCCUUCCUGAAAUAGCGUCAAGUUCUUCAGGACGAUUCAAUGUAUCAGCACAAUGUCGAGACAAUAAAAGUUGAUCCUGAGAACAACGAAUGAAAGAUAUAAAAACAUAAAUCAGCUCAGAUUUGUGUACCGCAAUGCAAAUGAUGUAUGUAUACUCGAUACUUUUGAUAUCCUAAUUAUUAUAAUGGUGGUAUUAAAGAUGCUAUGUGACCAAA